GUGGUCGGAGCACAACGCUCCUGCUGGUGGCUUUUCCACUUCCAUCGCGCAGUCUUCUGGCCGGACCGGACGCCGCGAUCUCGCCCCGCACCCGCACGAAAAAUCGUCUCGUCUUGUCUUGUCUUGUUUAAUCUUCACGGUCCCGCCGAAGAAAAAAAAAAAGAUACCGAACGACGAAGAUUUUCCCGGGACGUCAGUUUCGCUCGAAAACGGAAAGUGCUCGUAUCUGUUAGCUCCUGUUCUCGUAAUACGCGUAGAGUAUAUACACCUGUGAAUUUGCAUUUCAAAGUGCCAGUCGAUGUGAGGACGGUGGUUUCAUGAGGAAUUAGCGAAGAACUAGCGGAGCCGAGAGAGACAGUGCCAACAUGCGGGAGAAACGAUGGCUGCUGCUGCUCGCUCUGUACGGAAUAUUACUGGCUCAUGUGGUCUCCGCAGCACUCAAGACCAGACCGAAAUUCAAAAUUGCGACAACCUCCACGACGACCACCACUACCACAACCGAGGAACCUGACGUGGAGGAAAAUGAAAACGCAAAUUCGGAAACGACAACAGCUGCAAUCGAAACAAACGGAACGACCGGGCACACUUUAACAGGAAUUCCGCAAAUCGAUUACAUAUGGGAUCCGAAUCUACCGCGCGAGUUAAAUGGAUAUAAUCUCAGUGAUUAUCCAUUCUAUAAUAGCAUACCCGAGGAUAUUGACUUCAAAUGCGACGGCCUGCACGAUGGAUUCUACGCCAGCGUGCCGCACAAGUGCCAGGUCUAUCAUCACUGUCUCUUCGGCACUCGCUACGACUUCCUGUGUGCCAACUUCACGGCGUUCGAUCAGAAGACCUUCAUUUGCCACUUCGUGUCUGAGGUCGAUUGCGCCAACUCCAAGAAGUAUUGGCACAGAAACGAUGCUCUUUAUCAAGCUACUACGACUACUACCACUAGUACGACUACUGUGACGCCAAUUACCGCGUCGACUAGUCGACCGGUCGUACGUGACCGAGUUCCACCUAGAAGGAGACCACCGGCGAGAAGAAGACCCUAUGAUUAUUACGAGGAAGACUAUUACGACGACGAGUACAGCCGUCCGUUGCGAGACUUCGCCGAUCGAGACGAGUACGAUUACGAGGAUCGGAAGUACAGGCGUGACAGGGAUCGCGAGUUUAGAGACCGGGAACGCGAUCGCGACUUCCGAGAAAGGGAUUCGCUACCACGCGGCAGAGACGAUAGGGAUCGAGACGCCCUUAGGGACAGAUACUCGGGUAGAGGCAACAGAAGAGACCCACCGAGGUCGAGAGAUCCACUGGAAGAUGACGUGAGACCGCGGGGAAGAAAUCCGGAUCAGGUUAUCAGAUCAACGUCGAGGGAGGUAGACGAAUUAGAUGUGUACGAUAGACGAACGGAGUCGAGAAACAGAGAUACCGAUGAUCGAAGAUAUUCUGAUAAGAGGUACAGAGAUGAUUACGAUGAUAAGGAACCUGUAGCGCCUUCGGCGAGUGCAACGUCACCCAACGCGGAAGGUCUGGUGAAACCAGCUGCGCCUAUUAGUUCGGUUUAUGCAAGACCAAGAACGCCGCCCAAGAUUAGGCGACCGGUACCACUUUCGGAGCAAGAUAGAUAUGCGUACAAAACCACUCCCGUGCAACCAACAGAGGAACCACGACGACGACCGGUAGAUGCGACAGAGGAUGAUUAUUACGAGGAUGAAUUAGAAGAUAUUAGACCGAUCAGGAGACCGCUCAGAAGAAGACCUUCGUAUAGGGACAGAGAAAGAGACAGGGACAGAGAUUUUUAUGAAACUCGAGAUAGAGACCGUCCCCUCAGAACUCGUUAUCAUUCACCGCCGGAAGAAGUACGACUCAGAACGCAUCAGGAUCGCUCAAGGGAUCGCUAUUACGAUCGAGACAGGGAUCGUGGUAGGGAUCGUGGAAAAGAUCGCGCUCCCGAGAGAUCCUCGGAUCGUGAUCGAGGAAAAGCACAAGAUUCCGAAAGAACCUCGGAUCGAGGAAGAUCACAGGAUUCCGAGAGAUCUUCGGAUCGCGAUUCGCGCGGAAGAUCGCAAGAUUCCGACAGACAAGAGCGACCGUACUCGCCUCGGCUUCUCGAUCGCGAAAGAGACGCCGACCGACUGCGAUCGUCUUCAAGAUCGAAGGAUCUAUCAGAGAGCACUGAAGUAUCCAGAAGACCGAACUCAUACGAUCGCACAACCGAGAAAACUACCACUACCACAAGUACUACAACAACAACUACAACGACCUGCUUACCGGAACAGCUUAUUCAUAAGUCUGAAGUAGACGUCAAGGAUGUGGUAACUGAUCGAUCGGAAAAGCCAUCAUAUUCGGAACGACCAUCCAGACCCACUCAGACACAAAGCGAUCGUGUAGCGAGCGAUAUUCAGGAUUAUCAGAAUUACAGAAAUUUGUCUGGGCAAUCUCAGAGAACGUCUCAGCAAGCAGAUUAUCAAGACAAAGAUCUGGAGAGUAAAAACGAACAGGGUCAUCAUCAGGUCACGUAUACAGACGAAUACUCGUCAGAAUAUUACGACGAGCCGCUGGAAGAUCCGUCUCCGUCUCCUCCUCCAACUCGAACCGCUAUUCGAAUCGUGAAGAGGCCUUUCUUGCCAUCUCGAGGAGGUAAUUCUAAUCCGAGAGGAUUGUUACCGGUCGGCUCCAAAGCGCCGCAUUUACUUAGAAAAGAGGAAGAAACAACCACUGAUCACCGAAUCGCUUUAGGUGAAAACGAACAAAAGAGUUAUUACGUACAAGAGCAAGAAAAUAACAGAAACAUUAAUCAUCAAGAAUCAUUGAAAUCGGACAACAAACAGUACGAUGUUUACAAAACCAUACAGAGCGAUCUUCAAAAGAAGCAGCAACAAGAUGAAUAUGACAGCGCAUUAUUUAGACCUGUAUUACGAAGACCGAUUGAAAAGCAUAACGAAAAAGUGGAAGAAGAAGAGGUCUCGAAAAGUCCGGAAGAUCUGUCGAACUCUUCCAAAGGACAUUCUACUCAGAAUCAAUCAUACGAUUUACGCAAUCAUCAAGAUGAAAGUCUAACGUCCAAGUGGACGGAGGAUUAUUCGAGCGACAAGUACGCGAAUGUCGGCAACGUGCAAACAGGUUCUCCGAUCCGUAGCAAAGUUAGAACCGGCGUCGAAACUACGCCGAACGCCUACAGCUCGACGUAUAAGAACGAGGACAUCCUACCUUCGGGACCUGGCAACAGCUACAGAGCCAAACAGAGAAUCAAUGAAGUAACGCAUCGACUUCAGGAUAUUCCCGAGAGCGAAUACGACGUCACUCUAAACGACGCUCUGACGCCGACCUUAGUUCAAGAAGCUAAUUUGCCCAGCGGAUUCGUUCUACCUAUUCACAGGCAACAUCUGGGUAGAGACACCGUGCUACAACCUUCCGAAAACAACUACAAACUCUCCAGACCGAUUAAUCAUCAGCAUCAGCAGCAACAGCAGCAACAGCAGCAGCAUUCGCAUCAACAGAAAUCGUUCGUUCCGAGUCCUCCAUUCUUGGCAACGAGCCUUAACAAUAACGAUCGAGCUCGAACGAUGUAUUACAGAACACCGGAGGCUAUACAGAUCAGCGGGGCACAAUACAGGCAGCAGAGACAAUGGCAAGACUAUACCGUAUACUGAUGGAAUAUAUAAUAACAUCGUAUGGUAUAUCGUUGAGGGAGAGAUUUAAAAUUUUAUCUUGCUUCACGAGCGUUAAAGCGACUAAUUUAUAUACUGCCACCGAUUUAUCGGAAACUUUCUAGGAAAGACACUUUCGUGGAAGAAACGGCACUCGCUUGUUUCUUUUAUGAAACUAGCUUUCCGCGGACAGAUAUCGCGCGUUCGGCACUUAGCCUUGCUGUAAUCAAAGAUGAUCAGUGUCUUUCGUUCCAAAGAACGCGCGACAUACUCGUCUCGACGCGUCGCGCCGCUCUGAGAGUAGGAAAUAAUCUGUUGUAAUAAUAAACAAUUUUCAAUUAACUAUAUUGAUAGUUCACGAGGUUUUAAUAAAAUGAUAAAUUAUUCAUUAAAGAUUAAAAAACAAUAGAAAUGAGAGGACAGAUUAUUAUGUAAAUUGCGAAAUGCCACGCUAUUUAGAAAGGAAAACAUAAUUCAAAUGAAAACAAUGAGAUAUUAAUCAUCCUGAUACUUAUCGAUGCUCAUUAUUAUUCACGCACAUUGCAAUAAAAAAUGAAAACAGGAUUAAUAUUCAAUGAUAACAUUGAUCAUAGAUAAUUUGUUCUGAGAAAUGUUUCGCUGUGGAGAAAUUCUAUAUUGUAUGAUUAAGAUCCAGUUGUAAUGAUCUAAUGAUGUAAAUGCUGCAGAAAAAUGUCAUAUAGUAUAAGCUCGAUAUUUCCUCUGGAUUAGUAACGUGAUACAGAAAAUACAUUUAAAACGUGAUACAAUUUAAUAAUGAAUUAAUUUGCGAUAUUAAUACAGGUUACUCAUGAUAUAUUUAAUCGAAAUCGAAAUCUUCAUUGGAAUGUUAGAGAUGCUAAAAACAUUUAUCCCAAUUUUAUUCUUCUUAAUUUCGAAUAAACUUGUAAAUAAUUGUCUAUCCUAUAUGUACAUUCAUUAUAUUUCAAGUUAUACUGCAACUAAAAAUGCGAUAAAUAUGCGAUUUUUUAUAAAAAACUGUAUACAUUAAAUUUUAUCGUGUGUCAAUUCUUGAUAGAUAUUGUAUUACUAGCGGAUAAGUCUUCCUGAGCGUGUAUCUUGUCUUAAAGCUAUGUCGAUAUUUACGUAUGAUAUAAAAGAGUGAGGAAAUAUACGUACCAUUGUGUUA